GUUUCUGAAAAGAAAAAGGCAUGCGCAUUUUAAAUUAAUGGUUUUCAAUUAUAUUCUAUUGCUAUGUUUUCAAGAUUCGCUUUAGCACCACUUCAUAGGCGUCUUGGAAGAAUAAUAAUCCGAUCAAUGAGUAAACGGAAAGGAAAGAAGCAUGCAGCAGCUGCUGGUGACCAAGAAGACAAGCUUAAGGAACUGAAGCCUCCACCAGAGUUUCUAGCAAGUCGGCUGGAGUUGUGGGACAAGCUGAAGAAGGAGUAUGAUGACUGGGUGGCUGCCCAGGAAAGGAAGGAUAUCAAGGUCACGUUGCCGGAUGGCAAGGUUGUGGAAGGAAAGGCAUGGGAGACAACUCCGUAUGAAGUGGCCAAGGGAAUCAGCCAAGGACUGGCAGACAAUACUGUGAUAGCAAAGGUGAACGAGGAAUUGUGGGACCUAGACCGACCACUAGAGAAAGAUGCCACCCUUCAACUCCUCAAGUUUGAUGACAAAGAUGGCGAGUAUGUGUUCUGGCAUUCUAGCGCCCACAUCCUUGGUGAAGCAAUGGAGUGUAUGUAUGGUGGACAUCUGUGUUACGGUCCCCCCAUAGAAAGCGGCUUCUACUAUGACAUGUGGUCAGACAGACAAGUGUCCAGUAAUGACUACCCCGUGAUUGAAGGCAAGGUGAAGGGGAUUGUGAAGGAGAAACAGCCGUUCGAGAGGCUGGUCAUGAGUAAGGAAAAUCUCCUCAAAAUGUUUGAUUAUAAUAAAUUUAAGCAGAGGAUUAUCAAUGAAAAAGUCCAAACGCCAACCACUACUGUUUAUAGAUGUGGCCCUCUGAUAGAUCUGUGCCGGGGACCUCACGUGAGACACACGGGCAAAAUCAAGUCUAUGGCCAUCACAAAGAACUCAGCCACAUACUGGGAGGGCAAGGCAGACGCAGAAUCACUCCAGCGGAUAUAUGGGAUCUCUUUUCCAGACUCCAAAUUGAUGAAGGAGUGGAAACACUUCCAAGAGGAGGCUGCAAAGAGGAAUCAUCGCAAGAUUGGCGUGGAGCAGGAGUUGUUUUUCUUUCACGAGCUCAGCCCCGGGAGCUGUUUCUUCAUGCCAAAGGGAGCUCACAUCUACAAUACACUCAUGAACUUCUGCAAGGAUGAGUACAGAAAGCGUGGUUUCACGGAGGUUCUAUCACCCAACAUUUACAACCAAAAGCUCUGGGAGAUCUCUGGACACUGGGAACACUACUCGGAAAAUGUGUUCAAGUUUGAUGUAGAAAAAGAAACAUACGCCCUCAAGCCCAUGAACUGUCCGGGUCAUUGUCUUAUGUUUGACCACCGCACGAGGUCACACAAGGAGCUGCCAUUGCGGUUUGCAGACUUCGGUGUUCUUCACCGGAAUGAGUUGUCUGGGGCACUAUCGGGUCUCACCAGGGUACGGAGGUUCCAGCAGGACGACGCCCACAUCUUCUGUAUGCCUGAACAGAUAGAGACAGAGAUCAUGGCCUGUCUGGACUUCAUGCAGCACGUCUACAAGAUAUUCGGGUUCACUUUUGAACUCAAACUGUCCACAAGACCCGAGGGGUUCCUUGGGGACCUGGCACUCUGGGAUAGUGCUGAGAAGCAAUUGGCCAACACACUAGACAAGUGUGGUUCCAAAUGGGAGCUGAACCCGGGAGACGGAGCUUUCUAUGGUCCCAAGAUUGACAUCACAAUCAUGGAUGCGUGUCGGCGCUCUAUCCAAUGUGCUACUAUACAGCUCGACUUCCAGCUGCCUAUUCGCUUCAACCUCAGCUAUGUUGGUGCGUCAGGAGAUGGGGAGAAGUUACGACCUGUGAUCAUCCACCGUGCAGUCCUGGGCUCAGUAGAACGUAUGAUGGCAAUCCUCUGUGAACAUUAUGGUGGUAAAUGGCCAUUCUGGUUGUCCCCACGGCAGUGUAUCGUUAUACCCGUAGCCCCGGCAUUUGAUGAAUAUGCCAUGCAGGUGAAGGACCGGUUAUAUGCGGCGGGUUUCGAGAGUGAGGCAGAACUGGAUGCUUCAAACACGCUAAACAAGAAAGUCCGCAAUGCACAGCUUGCACAGUUCAACUUCAUUCUAGUGGUAGGAGCCCAAGAGGUAAAGUCGGGCACAGCAAACGUGCGUACGCGGGAUAACAAGGUGCACGGGGAACACUCUAUAGAGAAAAUCAUCGAGCGAUUUACAGUCUUCCGGGAUACCAAACUUCUAAAUGCAGAAGAGGUGUUCGACGAUAAACCUGCAGAAUCAUCACAAGAGCCCAGCAAAAUGGAGUAGAAAUGUCACAGACAAUAAAACCCUUCAACAGCCACUGUGUUACUGUAGCCUGUCAGAUUUAGGCAUUUUGAUUUAGAACCAUUGAAUGAUUGUAAUCAAUGUAGUAUUCAUUAGAUUUGUCUUAAUUUUCCCACCAAAUUAUCUUCUUUUUUGCUUAAAUUAGAAAUAGGAAUAAGGUGAUAAAUUUGCAAGCAUUUAUUUAUUUAUCAUACAAGUGCUUACUCUUACAUUCAUAGUGUCAUAGAGGUGUAUGUAUUUCAUUUUUUAAUGUUAAUGGCAUCAUUAUUAAUUUUGACAAUUUUGUUCAAUACAUCAAGCAGUUCAUUUUCUGGCAGCUUCAUGAAUGGCAUCCAUGUGUAAAUGCAGAGUUCUCAAUAGCUGACUGAAAAAGAUGGUUCAAAAAGCAAUUGGGCUGGUUCAAAUUUGCCAUACAUUAAGGUUUCAAAUUUCUAUUGUGUACCUUUCUUGUUGUUGUUAUCAAUUUCAGACAGAUGUGCCACUGUAUUAUUUGAUAAUAAGGGGUAUAUGAGUUUCAAAAUUGCAGAUUAAACUUUGUCCUAAAAUUUACUCAGAAUGCAAGAAAUGAAGUGCCAAGUUUCAAAAUUUUACCCUGGGGAGACAUUUUGCCCCCAAACCAUCCUUGCUGGUCGGUUACUAUUCUAGUUGUGCUAGCUCAAUCACCACGUAUUGAAAAAACUGUAAGUGCAAUGUCGAUGAUUUGGUAUGGGACGGAAUAUGUUCAAUAUUGGUUAUUGGAAACCCUUUUUCUUUCAUAUUAUUAUCCAGGUUAUAUAACUUCUAUGUGUGCUCGGUUGGGAAGUGUGCUAUCAUUGAUGUUAAAGAACAAUUUCUUGUGAUUUUAUUAUUUCAUCUUGCACUAGAUGUAAUAAAAUAUUUAUUGACAAUUGUAA